UCUCGCUGCAGCAAUGGCUAAAGCUCGGGAGGGAUGUGGAUGGGCUGACAGCCUGGAGGCCGAGCUCACCUGCCCCAUCUGCCUCGGGCUGUACCAGGAGCCGGUGUCGCUGAGCUGCGGCCACAGCUUCUGCCGGCAGUGCAUUGAGAAGGUGCUGGGAACCCAGCAGAAUUCCCAGAGCCCCUGCCCCACAUGCAGGACCUGCCUGGGGCCCAACCUGGAGCUGCAGAAGAACUUCAAGCUGGGCAGCAUCGUGCAGGCUUUUCAGGCCACCACUUCCGACGAACAAGGGGCUCUAAGAGAAGGCCUGCAGCAGGACGAAGGUGCCGAGGAGGGGGAGAGCGAAGUGGUUCCCUGCGAGUAUUGCCUGGAUGAGCCCCAGCCGGCCCUGAAAACCUGCCUGGUUUGCGAGGUCAGCCUGUGCCGGGUCCAUCUGAGCAAACACAACGCCAGGGGUUUCCAUCAGGAACACAUCCUGGUGGACGUGGGAGCAGGGAAGGCGGAGGAGAGGAGGUGCCAGGAUCACGGCAAGCUGCUGGAGUGUUACUGCCUGGGAGAGGAGGAGUGCAUCUGCGUUCUCUGCUGCAUCGCCGGGGCCCACAAGGGCCACAAGGUCAUCACCAUGAAGGAGGGGCACGACAGACAGCUGGUUAAACUCAUUGACACCAUGAAACAGCUGGAUGUAUCCAAAAAUGAUUUAAUUACUGCUCUAGAAGAUCUUCGGGAAAGCGAGAAUCAGAUCAAGAUCAAUACCAAAACACUGACUUCUCAGCUGGAAGAACUGUUUGAAAAAGUAAAGACGGAGCUUGAUGAAAAACUGACGAUGAUACUGAGUGACAUUCAGUCUAAUGAGGAAGCAAAACUGGCAGUUGUUGCCAGCACAAGGAAGGAAAUGGAACAGAAGAGAGACCAGACUGAGCAGAAUCUUCAGGCUUUGCAGGAGAUAAAAGAGCAACCAGAUGUUUUCCUCUUCUUCAAAGAACUGAAACUGGUCACAGACAGGAUUGCCAGUCUGGAUCUGGACACUAAGAGUGUGAAGGUGGAGAAAGUGCAGCUGGAUCAGAAAAUACUUGCCCAGUACGAAACCCGGAGAGAGAGGUUAAUGCUGCACCUGGACUCUCUGCUGGCUGACGUGCGCGAUAAAUUCCACCAACUAAAUGGAGCGGAGCAGGAAGGCAUCAUCAAGAAGGAACAGCUUAAAAACUUGUCUGAGAAUUUUAAUUCUAUUAAGGCCAGAUAUAAGAAAGAUAAGAAAAAAUGGCACCAGAACUCAGGAUGGGAAGGAUUAUAUUAUCAUGAUGACUUCUAAUAAUGAGAAUCCGCCAAGUGUUCUGAUCUCCCCUCCUACCUUGCAUUCAAAUCAGUUCUGGAACAUAUGAAAAGUUUUUUUUAAUAAGUGCUAAGAAUUACUAUGAACAUAAUAAAAUCUCCAACUGUUGCUGCAUUGUAAACUGUGGACUGUAUCAUCUCAUGGGUCUAAUUAUAUUUUUGUACAAUGAUUUGUGGUGAUUCUGUUGUCACUAUGUUGCUGAAUAACCAAAUAAAUGCACUUCAGCAAGA